AUGGCUUUGGCUUUGACUUUGGACAAAUUUGAUUGCGAUGAUUUACAAGAAAUAUUCUACAACAUACCAGAUGCCAAUGUGACAACUAGAGGGGGUACGGAUGUAUUUGCAGUUGCCAUAUCUAGACUGGAUGAUUAUUUUGCUCCAAAACAAAAUAAAGUAUAUGAAAGGCAUUUGUUCCGGCUGCUCAAGCAAGAGCCCAAUGAGAAAUUUGAAAAGUUUUUAGUAAGAUUGAGACAGCAAGCCAACAAAUGUCAGUUUCAAGACAGAAAUGACAAUAUAAUUGAUCAAAUUGUUGAGAAGUGUGCAUCUAUUGAACUGCGAAAGAAAAUCCUGCAAAUGGGAGAUGAUGUGACUCUAGAAAGAAUUAUUAAAGAAGCUAAUUCACUAGAAUCAGUCAACAUGCAGUUAGAAGGGUUUGAUUCAGUAAACAAGACAAUGCAAGGUAUCAAUAAGAUCUUCACUAAAGCUAAUAAUACCUAUGGAACCAGCACUAUGCACAAAACAAAGCUGAAAAUACAGACGAAUUGUGGGAGAUGCGGUAAUCGAAACCACGGACCUAGCAGUCCAUUAUGCCCUGCUAGAAAUAAAGACUGUCUUAAAUGUGGUCUUGUGGGACAUUUUAGACAGUACUGCAAAACUAAACAGCCAUUGAAAAGGAAACUUGAAGCGGAACGACAUACUGAAGGAAAAAAAAAGGCUAAAGUGAAUGAUAAGCAAGAUGACAUAAACCAGGUAGAUGAACUAGAGAAAAUAUCAAAAAAUAUAGAAUCUGAGACACCUCACUAUGUUUUCCACAUAGAUGAUGACGAUGAGUUUGAAUGUAUGAUUGGAGGAGUCAAUGUUACUAUGCUAGUAGAUUCCGGCUGUAAACAAAAUCUUAUUAUGGAGGAAACUUGGAAUAAGAUGAAAACUAAGAAAGUGACAGUGGAUAAGCAGAUUCCGAAUCCUGAUGUGAAAUUUAUGGCAUAUGGUAGCAAUGUACCAUUAGAAAUCAAAGGUUCUUUUGAAGCAAACAUACAAGUUGGAGGCAGUACGAAAAAAGCAACGUUUUACGUUAUCAAGAACGGAACACGGAAUUUGCUAGGAAAGUUGACGGCAAUGGCUUUGGGCAUUCUCAAAAUUGGAUUAAACUUAGAAGAAAUCAAUCAGCUAGACAUUUCGACAUUUCCUAAGUUAAAGGACGUGUUAAUUGAACUGCCAAUUGAUGAUUCUGUAACACCUAUUUCUCAGCCAUACAGGAGGAUUCCGAUACCUAUUGAAGACAAAGUUGCAGCGAAAAUAGACGAGUUAGCUAGAAGAGAUAUUAUUGAAGAGGUUAGAGGUUCUUCUAAAUGGGUCUCUCCAAUAGUACCCAUUUUAAAAGAUAAUGGGGAUAUUGAGAUUGAUCCACAUUCUCGAUAUAUAACGACAUUCAUCACGAGUAAAGGACUAUACCAAUACAAACGUCUGAUGUUUGGUAUAUCAUGCGCUCCAGAAAUCUUUCAAAAGACACUGGAAAGAAUAUUAGUAGGUUGCGAUGGAGUUAUUAACUUUAUCGACGACAUCUUAAUAUUCGGGAAAGAUCUUGCCGAGCAUGAUAGAAGAUUAGAAAAAGUCAUGAAGGUAUUGAAAGAAAAUAAUGUGAUGUUGAACAAAGAUAAAUGUCGUUAUAGAUUGAAGAAAGUAAGUUUUUUGGGACAUGAGUUGUCAGAGCAUGGAAUAAGGCCAUUAGAAAAAUAUAUUUCUACUGUUCAGCAAUUUAGACCCCCCACAACUGUUGGAGAAAUUCGUAGCUUUCUGGGACUUAUAAAUUUUGUCAGUAAAUGGAUACCCAAUGUAGCGACAUUAACCGAACCCCUGAAAGAAUUAUUGAGAAAUAAACACGGUGAUAAUUUUGAUAUUACGAAUGGAUGGGGGGAAAACCAGCGACAAAGCUUUAAUGCUUUAAAGUCUGCACUCACUAACGUGACGACUUUGGGCUAUUAUAACGUUAAAGACCGCACAAUUGUAGUGGCGGACGCCAGCUCAGUAGGACUUGGAAGUGUCCUGAUUCAAGUGGAUGGACACGGCCCACGAGUCAUUGCUUAUGGCCAUAAAACUCUGACAGAUUGCGAACGCCGUUAUUGUCAGACUGAAAAGGAAGCCUUGGCCCUCGUAUGGGCUAUCGAACACUUUCAUAUAUUUCUGUAUGGCAAACAAUUUGAAUUGGUCACAGAUCAUAAGCCACUAGAAGUGAUAUUUGGAAUCAGAUCAAAACCGUGUGCGAGAAUUGAAAGAUGGGUUUUGCGCUUGCAAUCUUAUAAUUAUAAGGUGGUUUAUCGUCCGGGCAAAACGAAUAUCGCCGAUCCGUUUUCACGAUUGUGUAAUGAACCAAAGUCUGGGCACACUGCUACAAGGGACAACUACGUUCACCAAAUCGUGGAAAAUAGUUUACCAGUAGCAGUUUCCCUCACAGAAAUCAUGCGGUGCUCCUCAGAGGACCAGGAGAUCUUAAAAGUAAAAGAUGGUGUUUAUAAUAGUAACUGGCACGAGGAUGUCAAAUUGUUCAAAAUCUUCCAAGACGAACUCUGUUUUUACGAGGGAAUUUUACUGCGAGGAACGAGAAUCGUGGUUCCGGAGUCACUUCGUGAACGAGUGUUAAAGGCAGCCCACGAAGGACACCCUGGCAUAGUAGGAAUGAAGGCUAGGCUAAGGACAAAAGUAUGGUGGCCAAAAUGUGACAAAGAUGCUGAAACCAUGGUGAAAUCAUGCAAAGGUUGCACUUUAGUAUCAGGACCAAAUCCGCCGCAUCCUUUAAAGCGAAGAGAAUUGCCAGAAGAACCAUGGAUGGAUGUAGCGGUGGAUCUGAUGGGCCCACUUCCUAGUGGUGAUUAUUUAUUCGUCAUUGUCGACUACUACAGUCGCUAUAAAGAAAUUAAAAUAUGUCGGAAAAUAACCACCGUGGAAGUGGUAACCCACCUGAAAGAAAUUUUCAGUCGUUUAGGGAAUCCAGCCUCGAUCACUGCCGAUAACGGCAAGCAAUUUUGUAGUGAGGAGUUCAAGUCUUUCUGUACCCAAAGAAAUAUAGUCCUUUUCAACACCGUACCCUACUGGCCCCAACAAAAUGGAGAAGUUGAGCGCCAAAAUCGUGACAUUUUAAAAAGGCUCAAAAUUAGCCAAGUCGAAAAGAAAAACUGGCGAGAAUCAUUACUGGAUUACCUAAUGAUGUACAAUAGCACACCACAUACAGUGACCGGAAAAACUCCGUCGGAGUUAUUUUUUAAACGAAGAUUUAGAGAUAAGUUACCCAUGAUUAAUGACAUUCAUGGAAAACCACAGGAAGGAGACUUGGAAAUGAGAGACAGGGAUCGUGUAAAUAAAGAGAAAGGUAAAAUAUAUUCGGACCGGAAGAGAAAAGCAGAAAGAUGUACUUUAGAAGCUGGUGAUAAAGUAUAUGUCAAACAGAUGAGCAAGGAUAAUAAAUUGAGUCUCAAUUAUGAUUCUACACCUCAUACUGUAAGGAAAAGUCAUGGGGGAGAUAUAUUAGUUGAAAAUGACGAAACAGGACAGAUAUGUAGAAGAAACAUAGUACAUUUGAAAAGAGUAGAAGGGCAAUGGAAGGUUUGUAAUGAAAAUGAAAGUGAGCAGAGAGAAGAGAAAGAAGGUGAUGGAAAUCAGGAAAGCAUAGUUAGUGGCUAA